ACAUUCCCCACGUGCGAGUUAGUUGUCAACCGGAGUUAAAAAAGAAAAUAUUGGACAAAUUCUGGAGCUAUGGAGGUAAUUGUUGGAACCUAUGAGGAGUUUCUUCUAGGCUAUAAACUCACAACAAAGGAAAAUAUCUGUUUCGUACAAUCGUUUGCGGAUAAAUCCCAUGCGGGUCCUUUGAAAUGUGUGGCAGUACAUAAGCAUUUUGUGGCCACUGGCGCUACAGAUGAUCGCAUCUUCUUAUAUGACAUGCGUUCGCGCAAACAAACAAAUAUCAUUUUGUCACAUGAAGGCACGAUUAACGCCUUGGCUUUCACGCCCGACAGCUCUCACUUGAUAUCAGGUGGCGGUGAUGGACGUAUGAUUGCUACUCGCCUAAAUACUUGGGCAACAGAAGGUAACUGGAAAGCGCACAAAGGGUCAGCAGUCAGUCAAAUCAGUUGCCAUCCCAGCGGUAAGUUAGCUUUGUCCCUAGGCGCUGACCGCGUUUUGUGCACUUGGAACUUGGUCAAGGGUCGAGUAGCAUAUAGAACAAAUUUAAAAAGUCGCAGCACUUUGGGACUACAACCAGAUUGUCUUACUUGGUCACCGACUGGCGAUUAUUUUAUACUUUGUGGGCUACGUGCCGCCGAGAUCUGGUCAAUAAAAACCGCAGAUGUAUUAUUGAGUCAGAAGACACAAGAAAAACCCAUAUCAGUUUGUUGGGUGUCUGCCGACACGUGCUUAGUGGGCUUAGAAAAUGGUAAAAUACUUUGGCUCAUUGCAACAGAUUCAGAACAAGAGGAAAAGCUAAGCGCAGCCCACAGCUCAAGAGUCAAAGCUAUGGCUUUCCAUGAAAAUACCUUAAUUACAGUCUCCAGCUCUGGUGAAAUGAAAGCCUGGAAAGUGAAUGUCGACAAGAAAAAAUUUACACCGUUGUGCACAACCAACAUAGGUUGCCGGCCAACUUGUCUUAGUAUAUUGGAUCUAACGCAAUUUGGUGACGAAUAUGCAACGAAAAGCGCCUCAGAUAAUGACACAAAGCAAACAAGUAUUGCUACCAGAAACAGCGAAAAGCAGCCAGAACGUGGCGUUGUUACUAUUGAAUACGAAGAGGAUGAAAAUGAUGUACCGCAGAAUGAAAGCAAUAAGAGUGGUUCUAGUUCUUGUGAGCCUAGCUGUAGUCAAGAAAAGCAAAAGUCGCGAAAAAGGAAAGGAAAAAAUUUAGAGAAUGUAUCUAAACGAGAAAAGGAACAAGAAAAACCAAAUGGACCGUUACACAAGAAACCGAAGAAUAAAAAUAAAUAAAAAAGUUAUGUAACAAAUUUUGUUUUAAAUCUACAUAAGCGUUGCAUUAGAAUCUCUAAAAUAUAGGAUAUACAUGCAUAUAUUGUUCUCCAAAUCGCCACUGAGAAGUACAAAACAUAACGGGAUAGGUAGAGGUAGAAUUUCAGGACAAAAAUUAGUACUGUUAGUUUAUUUGUAAAAACUCUACAAUUUGAAAAUUUUCGCUUUUCUUAAGCGAUGACUGAUAGUAUUAAAAAGCAGAGGUACCGAAAAAGUGUUAAUAGUAAAAUUGUGUAACAGCCCUUCAAUGCUAAAUAGUGAAUAAUUUCUUGUACAUCAGAGCGCUUCGCUAGUCCUUUUGUCAAUGAAAUGAUAAUUCUCAGCUUAAUCACAUCUUUUUCUAUGUUUUAUUAAAUAUAUUUUGUAUGUUAAAUUCUCUUUUUACACUCGUAAAAACAGUCAGUUUAAUUAUAAUUGCUCAUUUUUUACAUAUAUCGUCGUUUAAAGUGCAAAACCGCGUAUCAGCAAAAUGCAAAACCACGUAUGUGAG